AGACUCAGUCCUUUGUUUUUGGCGAUAUCUAGAUAAAUCUAAUAUUUUUCAUGAUUAUUUUCGGAUUUGCUAUACGUUUGUACGGACCAAUCACUGAAUGCGUUUGCUGCGCGCUGUGGGCCAAUAAUAAAACGGGAGGCGGGACAUGUCAAAAUGGUAAUAGUGUUUUCGGCAAGUAUAAUUAAUAUAAGAGUAAAUCGCAAAGCGUUUGCCUAAUAUAAAUAUAUAAAUAUAUAUAUUAUAUUUAGAUGUAAGAAAAAAUAAUACAAUUAAAUUCGCAGUGGAACCAGAUUUAUGUGUACCGUUAUGUGGGAUUCUGCGCAGAGUCGAGGCGACGUGAACACUCCCAAAACUUUAUCACAUUACGUAGCGGAGAGACAGACAGAGAGAGAGAGAGAGAGAGAGAGAGAGAGCGCAAGACAAACCAAACCAAACAAGUGGCUUGUGAUCCGUAAUUGACUUUGUUCCGAUUUUAAUUCUGCAGUAUAUUUUAAUAAGUUAGAUAGAUUCAGGUCUAUCAGGCUUCAAGCUUGCAGUCAUGGUGGACCUGAAGUGUAAAAGAUUCUGCAUCUGAUUGUCUCUGAAUCCUGCUUCUUUAUUUACCAUCAAUUUGCCUUUACACUCGGUUGCCAUGACGUUCGGUUCCUGUGCGCUGAGAGAGUGUUUAGUCUCUGCAUGAUGUCAUUAAUCGAGCUCAAACAUGGCGGAGUUGGAUGGUGGGGAACUCUCUGCGAGUCGAUCACAGAGCAGCAUGGCUAACAAUAAGAACAGCACCCUCCGCUGCACCUUCUCAGCUCCUAGUCACAGUAGCUCACUUCUGAGGGGACUCUCUGCUCUGCGAGACCAAGGCCAGUUACUGGAUGUAGAACUCACCGUCAACAACGAAUGCUUCAGGGUUCACAAAGCAGUGCUGGCAUCCUGCAGCAACUACUUUAGAGCCAUGUUCACUGGUGGGAUGAAGGAGUCAAACCAGGCUACGAUCGAGCUUCAGGGCUUGUCAGCACGUGGCCUUAAGCACAUCAUCGAUUUCGCCUAUAGCUCCGAGGUCACGCUCGACCUCGACUGCAUCCAGGAUGUGCUCGGGGCAGCCGUCUUCCUUCAAAUGGUGCCGGUGGUGGAGCUCUGUGAAGAGUUCCUGAAGUCGGCCAUGAGCGUCGAGACUUGUUUAAACAUCGGUCAGAUGGCUGCCAUCUUCAGCUUGUCGUCUCUAAAAGAAUCGGUGGACGCGUUCACGUUCCGCCACUUCCCUCAGAUUGCCGAAGAGGAGGAUUUCCUGCAUAUCCCCCUGGAGCGCCUCGUGUUUUUCCUCCAGAGCAACAAGCUGAAGGGAUGUACCGAGAUUGAUUUGUUUCAUGCGGCCAUCCGGUGGCUUCGGCACGAUGACUCGCGCCGUCCUGCAGCGAACGAGGUGCUGCGGCACGUCCGCUUUCCGCUCAUGCGCUCCUCUGAGCUGGUGGACCGCGUGCAGACUGUGGACAUCAUGGUGGAGGAUGUGUUGUGCCGGCAGUACCUGCUGGAGGCCUUUAAUUAUCAGAUACUUCCUUUCCGCCAGCACGAGAUGCAGUCCCCUCGCACCGUCAUUCGGUCAGACGUUGUUUCGCUUAUUGCUUUCGGGGGCACGCCUUACACUGACAAUGACCGUACAGUGAGUGCAAAAGUGUACUGCCUGGCAGAUAGCACAGCCAGACAGUUCAAGGAGCUGACCGACAUGGAGACGGGCUGCAGCCACGCCUGUGUUUCCGUUCUCGAUAAUUUCGUUUACGUGGUCGGUGGGCAGCAUCUGCAAUACCGCAGCGGUGAAGGCGCCGUGGACAUCUGUUUCCGAUACGACCCCCAUCUCAACCAGUGGUUGCGCAUCAGGCCGAUGCAGGAGAGCCGCAUCCAGUUCCAGCUCAAUGUACUGCAAGGACGGUUGUAUGCCACCGGGGGGCGCAACAGAUCCGGCAGCCUUUCUUCCGUUGAAUGUUACUGCCCCAAGAAAAACGAAUGGACUUACGUGGAUUCGCUUAAGAGAAGGAUAUGGGGACACGCAGGCGCAACAUGCGGAGAUAAACUUUAUAUCUCGGGCGGAUAUGGGGUUUCCGUUGAGGAUAAAAAGUCUCUCCAUUGCUACGAUCCAGGCACAGACCAGUGGGACUUCAAAUGCCCAAUGAACGAGCCACGAGUGCUGCAUGCCAUGAUCAGUGUAAACGAGCGUGUCUAUGCUCUUGGAGGGAGAAUGGACCAUGUGGACCGCUGCUUCGACGUUCUAGCAGUGGAAUAUUACAAUCCGGAGACAGAUCAGUGGACGACUGUUAGUCCGAUGCGCGCAGGCCAGUCCGAAGCAGGCUGUUGCUUACUGGAUAAAAAGAUUUACGUUGUCGGGGGAUACAACUGGCAUCUGAAUAACGUUACAAGCAUCGUCCAAGUCUACAACACAGAGAUGGACGAGUGGGAGAGGGAUCUGCACUUUCCAGAAUCUUUCGCUGGGAUUGCUUGUACACCUAUAAUACUGCCGCAGACUGCCACGCAGAGGUGACUGACUUCCGUAGCUGGAGAAGGUGUGAGCUGAGCUGGCAUGAAGGAUUUUCAUUCAUUUUGUUUGGUUUAAAAACCUUUUCCUUCAAAUAUUUGCAUAUUGUGGGCAUCUGUUUAAUUAUAUAAACUUGUUAAGAGAGAGAGCUGAUAUCCGGAUUCUAGUUUAAUUGGUGCUGAUGUAAGUACGAUGUAAGCUGAGGUUACUACAUAAACAACCUAUCUUUUAAAUUGUAUUUUUCAGCACUUUGCAGCCUGUCACAGUAAAACACUCGAUCCCAUUGCUUUAAUUUAAUCAACAUAAUUAAAUUUGAGAGGUGGCUCAAGACUUUUCACAGUACUGUAUGUGAAAUGCUUAUUAAGUCAGUUCCCAAAUUUGUUGUUGAUCCCUGAUCUUGAUUUGCUUAUUUACAGAUGACCCAACUACGCCCAACUACCCUAGGAAGUGUAGUUGUAUGAUGUCACAAGAUGGCUGGUACAUCAUAAUGUUUUUUGCACCAUGCUUGUAGCACAAAAUACACUGUCCCUUGUUUAAUUCAGCACUCAACAUCACUAUUUGAAAGUAUUAUGCUUCACAUCACAAGAUUGUCGAUAUGGGUUUCCUUCAGGUUUCCUGGUUACCUCCCAUUAAUUAAAACUUGCUUGCAUGUGCACUAAAUCGCCCCUAGGUCUGAAUGAGUGUGUAAAUUUGUGUGCAUGGUGCCUUGAUAUGGACUGGCAUCCUGUCCUGGGUGUAUUUCCAUCUAAGUACAGUCCCCAACAUCCGUUCCGAGAGGUUGUUUGUAAGUCCAAUUUGUUCGUAAGUCUAACAAACAUUGUCUAGGCACUAGGAUUCUAACACAAUUAGCUAUAUACAGUACAAUACAGUACAGUAUUCUUUAGAAUAAGGCUGAUGGUCGAACGAUUCAUGUUAAAAAUUUGAGCAAAAUCUGCCACCUUUUCACCUCGUGCCAUUUUCUCAAUUAUUACUGUAUAUCUCCAUCCUUAUUACUUGGCACUUUCGCGAUUGAACAUGUGCAAACAUGCGAAUGUUCAUAUGUAGGGGACUUGCUGUACUUAUCACGACAUUAGAUUUUAAGAGUUGUCAAUAUGGUGGGAACAUUGUAUAUUUUUUUAAACAAACAAAGAACAGCAGUGGUGGUGUUGAAAGAUGUACAGAUGCAGCAGAUGUUGAUUUACUCUGUAUAAUUGAAAAAUGAAGGGAGAUUGUAGCUCAUGCUACUGUUUCUACAAAUACAAGCACAAAAUUUAAUUUGAAAUCAGACAUCAUCUCAUUCCUGUCUGCACUGAUGCCAACAACUGUCUGACCAAUCACAAGCAGGGAAGUUUCAAAUAUAAAUUCCAGGGGCUUUCUUUAUGUUUUCCAGCCUGAACACGUUCAAACGUUCUCACUCGAAAUAUCUCUUUGCUUUGAAACAUCUUUUCCUGUUUAAAGUAUACCACCGGCUUAAGGGCUUGCAAGACAUCAGAGAGUCGAUUUCUACUGUACUGACAGCCGAAGUACACCAUGCAGCUUCUUCUAAAUACUUUCUUAAUGAUGGGACUUGACAAAUGAUUUAUCCAGAUUCUCCAGCAGAAUGAGAAGUGAUUACUGUGCUGCAGGAAUCCAAGCACCUUCUGUAACAGCAUAGUCUGUGUUUUUUUUUUUUUUUUUUUUAAUCAUUAAUCUACUUUGCAAAGUUUUGAGGAGGGUUUUGUGUAUUAAAUUUUAAAUACGUCCCUUCAAAUUAGAUUUGCACUGAUCUAAAAAGAAAUGAUGUCCAUAUUUUAUUUGAUAUCUAAAUGUACUAAGCACAAUACGAUUCUAAAUCCAUGGCAUUUUAAUUCAUCCUUCGGGAACAUCCAGUUCCUCGGUGCGAUUACAUAAUUAGCCGUUUCUCCUCCACAGUCUUUUGUGAUCUCUUACAAAGUCAAUAAGCACACCAGGUUCAUUACCGUAAUGCACUUUAUACCUGACGAACUGAAGACAGCGGUACGAAAUCCAAGUGCCGACCGCGUUUCGUACUUUCACUGUGAUGUUAUAUAUUGAUGGAGGAGCAUAAUGGAUUAACAGAAUGUCUCAACCUAUGAAUAAAUUAUUUGAAUAAAUAAGUGUGUGAGGCUCGAGUAAGGCCGAAUCAGCUUGUUGUUUCUCUCUUUAUUUGAAUGUAUAAUAAUCACCACAGUCUUAAUUACUGCAGAAACAACUGGCUGUUGCAGUGGAGUAUUUUGUAGUGUCGUGUUUCUUCUGUACAAUUUCUAUCUAAUAAGGCACAUGCUUAAAUUUGUACAAAAGCACAAGUCGUGAUCAUCAACUGCUUAUUUUUCCAUCAUGACUUUUGACAAAACUAAUGUUAAACAACUGGCUCAGGAUCUUCUUAGGACACAAGAUUUACAUACGUUGCACAAAAAAGUUUGAAGGUAAUCCUAUAGACUGAUUUAAGGUAGAAAAAAUGUCUGAGACAAAUGCAAUAUAAGGAGCAAGAUUUUUAUUCUUGGUUUCUUUCUUCUAGUUUGGUAUUGCAUGAGUUGUAUUUUAGGUCAUGUACCGUAGUGAUGCUCUAGACAUAUUCAAAUAGUGCAAGCAGCAAAAUGUUAUCCUUUUGUUAAUUUAUAUCUGUUAAUAUAAAUUACAAAGGGUGUUCAGGUCAAACCAGGACUUUUUACUAUGCAGAAUAACUGAACACGGUUAUAAGAGGAAACACUCCAGCAUUUCACUAGUGCUUAGACACCAUAAAAGUAGAAACUUUUCAAAGUAUGUCAGAGACAUUAUUGGACAUAUUGGCCUUCUGUGUCAAAACAUUCCCCUUAAAGCACUUGAGAUUAGCAAUGUUCUGUGCUGGUCAAAGGCAGAGUGCUCUCUCUCUACCCAAAAUGCACUCGCUCGGGGGGAAACCGUCAUUCAAGAGAAAUUUUAUCAAUAGGUCUCGGUUUGACUUGAACACCUCUUGUAGAUGCGCUUACUAGAUUUGCAGAAAAGUGGAUCUUGUUCGCUGGAUUCGAUGUAAUCAUGAGUGAAUCCAUUGGGUUGUUUUGAAUUAUUAGUUGAAUAUAGUACAGUUUCAAACCUGUUUCAUUACAACUUGAUUUGUAAGAUGAACAAAAACCCAUGAAUCAAGGUGCUAAUGCUUUUUUUUUAUUGAAGCAUCACAUCACAACUUCCUGCAAGAAUUUAAAUAUCAUGUUUAGAUUUUAAAGUUUAAUCCAAAUCACUUCUAUUUAUUGCAUUAAUCUUUUUUUUUUUGUACAAUGCAUUUGCAUUUUAUCUUAUGGAUCAAUUAAAUCCAUCUGUUUGUAAAUGUGUAUCUGUCUGUUUAGGCACAAGAUGUUCUUGUACUCUCUAUGGUGUAUGUGCAAAUCACACCAAAUUGUCACAUUCACUUUAAAAGGAACAUCUGUACACCUGCCCAGUCAUGUAGUAGCAGGGAAGAGCUUACAGUAAAACUGAUCCUGAUGUGAUUUGCACUUGUUGUAUCCCAUCUUCUUCCAAGUUCAAGUGCGCAAAAGAUACCUUUUUUUUGCUCACCAUAGUUGUGAAGAGCUAUAAAGGUAUAUGACUUUAAAAAAUAAAUAAAUAAAUAAUCAUUCUUUAUAGAUCGUUUAUAGAAUCGUUCCUUCACUGAAGGUUGUUUAUGAUGUGUAACGGGACUGGUGUACCUGUGUAUCCAAAGAGAACAACAGUUCCUGAAAUACUCCAACACCAACCAUGCCACCAAAGUCACACUUUAUUCACAAUCUGAUGGUUGACGUGAACGUUACUGGGAGCUCUUAACCUGUUUCUGCAUAACUUUUAUGCCACAUGAUUGACUGAUUUGGAUCAUUGCAUGAAGGUCCAUCUGUACUUAUGUUCCUAAUAAAGUGGUUGUCGAAUGUAUCUCCUGAUAUUAUGCUACUGUAAUCUUUUAACAUUUGUCUUGAUCCACAUCUCAGGCUUUUCCAAUUCUUCCUUGGAAUACUUCCCAUAUCGAGCAAGUAUUGUUUUUAAUGAAAUUGCAGGGGAAUGUAGAUAAAUGCAUGGGUGUUAUACUUUUCCCCCCUGUAUUGCUGUGUUCAGAAUGAACGUAAUUAGCAUGUUUUUUUUUUUACGCUUUGUGGUCUGUAAUAAUGUCGUGUCAUUUGCCGUGAAAGAUCACCUAUGUCUGUUCUUACAACCGCUCUCUUUAUUUCUUUUGAGAUCAUUUGUAUUUUAGUUCCAGGUUGCUGUACCAGUUCUGCUAAUUACGUUAUUCGUUUAAUAAAACAAGACAUGUAAAAAUG